UCGCCCCUCCUUCUGUGAUUUGUAGAUCCUUGUGAACGACAGAUCUUGCAAAUCAUGGAAGGCUCAAGCAUGACGCAUCAGAUCCAGUCGACUGUCGCCAGCAUAGCUAAAGGCUGGGAGGCGCAAAUCCAGAAAUUGCUGCGCAAAGAGAACAUGGACCGCCUGAAGGCCUUGGACUUCGAGAUGGCACAUGGUGAGCUGCUGGCCUCAGUGCUCGGCAUCUGCGUUCUCCGCGUCGUAUAUAAUCUAUAUUUUCAUCCGUUGGCAGGAUUCCCUGGUCCAUUCUGGGCUCGAGCAUCCCUUCUAUGGCGUUUCUGGCACACGAUGGGCGGGCGCUCUCACCGAUCCAUCCAGCAAAUGCACCAGAGAUAUGGCCCCGUUUUUCGCGUCUCACCGAAUGAGCUUUCUUUCGGAUCGGUCAACUCGUGGAAAGCCAUCUAUGGCUUCCCAUCCCCUGGCGCCGAGCAUCUCAUCAAGGGCGAGUUCUACGACAUCUACGGCUCGGGCUUCAAGACCGGAUGCAUCGGAUCAGAGCGCGACCCGGCAGUCCACGCUCGCAAGAAGAGGAACCUGACAGCUGACUUCUCGCCCAAGGCGCUGGCGGCUCAGGAGUCGAUCGUGCAGGGAUGCCUCGACCGGUUUGUGGACAAGCUAGGCCCUCUGACAAGAAAAGGUGGCGGGAAAGGCAUCAACAUGGCUGACUGGCUGGAGAUGGUGGCCUUUGAUAUCUUGGGGGAAAUGGCUUUUGGCGAGGGAUUUGGCUGCGUUGAAAAAGAGGACCACCAUGCCUGGCUUGAUCUCAUCCUCGGCCAUCUGUUCGAGAUCACGGUGGUAGACAAUCUGCGACGGGUGCAAUUCUUGGCUGCUCUGGGAAGAUGGCUGUUGCCGUGGCUCACCGUCCGCGUGCGGAAGAAGCACUCGAUGUUCAGCCGAGCGAAAGUCAAGCAACGUCUCGAGGCCAAAACAGCCCGCCAAGACUUCCUCACGAACCUCGUGAGUAAGGUUCACAGCGGCGCCGUGCCAGAAGAAGAAAUGACUGCCCAUGCCUCCACACUGAUCAUCGCCGGCGGCGAGACAACAGCGACGUGCAUGGUUGCCGCUGUCUACUAUCUCCUCAAAUCACCUCCAGCCCUUGAGAAACUGGCGAGCGAGAUCCGUACCCGGUAUACUUCCUACAGCGAAAUAGACGCCAACUCGGCGCUCCAGCUCCCGUAUCUGCAGGCUGUGAUCAACGAGGCCUUGCGAAUCCACCCACCAGGGUCACAAGGGUUUCCAAGGGUGUCUCCUGGAUGCGAGAUCGAUGGCUUUUGGGUUCCAAAAGGGGCCGAAGUAUACACAAGCGCCUGGACGGUCACCCAUGACCCCAAGAAUUUCCACGAGCCCAUGGAAUUCAAGCCCGAGCGAUGGCUCGACCAAAAGACCACGGAUGUGAAGGAGGCGAGCCAGCCCUUUUCACUGGGAUACCGGGCAUGUAUUGGGCGCAACUUCGCAUACCUCGAAAUGGCGUCGUGCCUAUCUAAGAUUCUUUUCAAAUAUGAUAUGGAGCUUGUGAACCACGAUCUUAACUGGGAGGCAGCCUCUCGCUGCUACGUCAUGUGGUGGAAGGCGCCGGUGAUGGUAUCUUUCAAGGAGCGGCUGCAUGAACCUGGAAUCAUGAUGCUCUCUCGCCUCUUUUCACUGAGCCUUCUAGGCUCACUCGUUCACGCUUCAUGUCCAGCCAGCAAUAGGACAGCCGCGGCCAUCGCGGCCUGCAAUGCUCUCGCGGCGAGCUUCCCGACCCAGCUGUACCUGCCCAAUACGACAGAUUUCAUAGACCAAGCAGCAGCCAUCUGGUCACAGACGUGUCUGAUCACGCCCAACUGCGUCCUCGAGGCCGGCUCGGCCUCUGACGUCGCUACGGCCGUGAAACUCAUCAACGCCGCCGGAUCUGAGUUUGCCGUACGCUCAGGCGGACACAUGCCCGUCCCAGGGGCACAGUCCGUGCAGCCGGGCGUCAUGAUUUCCAUGUCCGGGCUCAACCAGAACACGCUCAACACAGACAAGAGCGUCGCCAGCAUCGGGCCCGGCCAGACCUGGAUAGACGUGUACUCGCGGAUCAUCCAGUACGGCCUCGCCGUCAACGGCGGGCGCUACCCGUCCGUGGGGGUGGGCGGCCUGCUCGUGGGCGGCGGCAUCGGCUUCUUCAGCAGCACGCGCGGGUGGAGGUGCGACAGCGUAGUGGCCUACGAGGUCGUCCUAGCCAACGGCCACGUUGUCACGGCCACCGCCGAGGGCGACUACGCCGACCUGUUCUGGGCGCUGCGCGGCGGCCACAACCACUUCGGCAUCGUCACGCGUUUCGACGUCCUCACCUUCCCGGCGGGCCCGGCGUUUGCGCGCACGAUCGCCUGGAACGCGAGUGCGGGAGCCGGGGUCAGCGAUGCCUUCUUCGACGCGCUAGAUGCAUACAUGGCCCCCGGCGGUGGCGUUGACGACCCGGACGUGGCCAUCAUCCCGACGGUGGCGUUCGCGCCGGGGCUGGACCUGUACGAGGUCAUCACGGCCCAGAUCGCCUUCGGCACAGACCCGGCCCCGGCGGCGUUUGAAAACUUUACAAAGAUUGACGGCCCCACCACGCUCGACGACGGCGGCAAGGUGUUCGACUCGUGGACGUGGCUGCCGCUGGCGCUGAACGGGACCUCAUCGAGGGACACCAGGGACUUCUUCUGGGCUGUCAGCUUCAAGCCAGAUCCGAGGGCAAUUAGCAUUGCGAACAAGACCGUCAUCGACCUGGCUGUGGGGGUGCUGCCGGCGACCGCGGCCGUUGCGUUUACCUAUCAGCCCGUCUCCAAGGCCUGGCUUACUGCCUCGCAGGCGGCAGGGGGUAAUGUUCUAGGCCUUGAUCCUGAGGAAGGGACCAUUAUUGCUGGACUCAUUGCUGGCCAGUGGGUCGACCCGGCGGAUGACGACGUCAUGUUUGCCUUUGCCCGAAAUGCCACUGCGGAAAUCGAGCGUCAGACCAAGGAGCUGGGCUUGUACCAUCCGUUCAUUUAUCUCAAUGAUGCCGGGCCAGGACAGAAGCCCUUCGCGGCGUAUGGUAGUGGUAAGAGUCUGCCGAAGCUGCUGAGCUUACAGAAGAAGUACGAUCCCAAAGGUUUCUUCAAGAAUUACCUUGCGCAUGGGUUUGCACUAGAGUCAUAAUCAGGGGCUGAGAAUAGCCUGGUGACGCCUUUCUUCAGUUACUGGCAGUGACCAAGGUACAUGUACAUACCUAGCUAGCAUUAAGGGAGUUACUCCAGCGUGGACAUAUGCAACCAAUUCAGGGCCUCUGAUCAAUGGCAGAGAAACUGAGCAAACUUGCC